AUGGGAUUAAGGCUUUUGCUAUCCUGCAUCAAAUUCGUACCAAGCUCUUCCGGUGGAGUGCUACGCUCACAAUCAACAAACGGCGGCCGCAUAAGAGAAGGCGGCGGCAUGGUGGUGAUUGAUCGGAAUACCAUUUCUCUGACGAAUAAAGAAAUCGGAAACCCUAAUUCCCCUGCUCGCUCGGUCGCCUCUCUCUCGCUCUCUCCCCCGAUGGAAUGCAAUAAAGAAAAGAUAAUCAUGGUCGACCAUAACAUCACUGUUCCCACCGCUAUUCCAGAAAUACAGUACACAUCCAACGAGAGUGUUAAAAAGUUGACACCACUGAACAAAGACCUGAAAACCAAGGGAGGACAGGACAGUGCCUUUCAAUACGAACAAGGGUUUGAAGGAGUUGUUGUGCAUUGCGACUGCAGAGUAGUUGCGGGAUCCGCCUUGUAG